CUCUCUCUCUCUCUACUUAAAACUCAACUGCCCGAUCGAGUUUCCAACUCCAAACUAAUAAACAAGCGACAAAGCAGGUGAAGAAAGAUUCGUGAUCUUCUGCUAGGACUCAGCUAGUUGCUCGUUUGGAAAAACUGCACGUCAAUUAUGGCAGUGGAACGCGCUUGUAAGGCACUGCAUGGGCUGAAGCCGGCCAUGUUAAUGGUCGUGGUUCAGCUUAGCUUUGCUGGGGUGAAUGUGUUCUACAAACUGGCCGCAAAUGAUGGAAUGAGCUUGAGGGUUAUCGUUACCUAUCGCCUCAUUUUCGCUGCUGCUGUUGUUGUCCCUCUCGCUUUCGUUUUUGAAAGGAAUAGUAGGCCAAAGUUGACAUGGAUAGUACUCUUCCAAGCAUUUCUUUGCGGGCUAUUAGGGGGAUCAUUAUUUCAAAAUUUAUAUAUUGAAAGCUUAGCCUUGACAUCAGCAACAUUCGCAUCAGCCAUGAUGAACUUAGUUCCUGCCGUUACCUUCAUCCUGGCCGUCUCUUUCGGGUUGGAGAGGCUGAGUCUAGGGACAAUUGCAGGGAAGGCUAAAGUGUUGGGAACAUUAAUGGGAAUAGGUGGGGCUAUGCUCCUCACCUUCUACAGAGGGGCAGAAAUUAACAUAUGGUCUACUCAUGUUGAUCUAUUGCAUCACGGCCAACAUCAAACCGGAGGACACUCGGCAGCAUCCCCAGAAUCCGAAAAUCUUCUUUUGGGUUCUAUAUUGGCUCUAGGAAGUUGUUUCUUGUUUGCCUCCUGGUUAAUAAUUCAGACUAAAAUGAGUGAGAGAUAUCCAUGUCCCUACUCGUCCGCAGCUCUGAUGUGUGUGAUGGGAGCUAUUCAAUCUGCUGUCUUUGCCUUAUGCACGGAGAGUGAUUGGAGCCAAUGGAAGUUGGGCUGGGAUAUCAGGCUUCUUACAGUCUCUUACUCGGGAAUCGUAGGAACAGGACUUGUGGCGACUUUGAUUGCGUGGUGCGUGAACAUGAGAGGUCCUUUAUAUGUCUCCAUCUUCUACCCUGUGAUGCUUGUUGCAGUUGCCAUCAUGGGGUCUUUACUCCUGGACGAGAAGUUGCACCUUGGAACAAUAUUAGGAUCUGUGCUGAUUGUGUGCGGGUUAUACGCGGUUUUGUGGGGAAAAAGGGAAGAGACCAGGAAGAAAACACAAGUAGCAAGCUGCUGCAGCUCCCCAGAAUUAGAUCAGUCUGCAUUGACUGAUAUUGUUAUCACCUCUCCAGCUGAUCAUCAUCUUCAUAACAACAACACCACCAAUAUUAAUCAAAUUCUUAAAAUUACUGAAACCCAGCUGCCUCCAGCCUCUCAUAUUGUUAUUGCUCUCAGUACUACUGCCAAUUCAUUGGAAAAGUAAAACCGAUCGAGAUCAUUAAUUACUUACAGAUCAGGAAAAAAAAUGGUAUGGAAUUGGAGACUCGCUUGCAUGCAUGUAUGUAUGCAUUGAAGUUAAUUCUUUCCCAUUGAAACUUGAAAGGAUAUUAAGACAAAUUACAUGGGAUCGACAAUAAUUAAUUAUGUUUUGUUUUCCUGAAAAACAAUUGUGUACUCUCAAGUACU